AUAACGCCAAUAAUUUCCACAUUGUUUCGAACAAAUCAACAGAAACAACGGGUGGCUUGGCAUAUUCUUAUACACCAACUGAAAUUUCUUGUAAUAUGAAUUCUGAUGCCAAGGCCUUAACUUACAUAGUUGUACAUGACCAUGACGAAAGUUUGGAAAUCAAGGAAGGAAUAAUAAAAGUUCAAGAGACUGCAGGUGAUAAAUAUAAGGAAACAUUUAAAUCAACAUUUUGUACCGUAUAUAUAGAAGAAAAUGAUAAUUUGACUGCUAAAGAAAAAUUUGGGAUCCAAGAGAUGAAGCAAAUUCAAGAAUCAACACAGGAAACGAAGAAAAAACACAAAUGCGAAAAGUGUGCACUCAGCUAUACAAUGAGAUCAAAUUUAUAUCGCCAUCAAAAAUUCGAAUGCGGUGUCACGCCACAGUUCAGUUGUAAAUUUUGCUCUAAACCUUUUAAACGGAAAUAUGACCUGAAAACCCAUGUUGACCGCAUGCAUCUGAAUUCAAACUUAAAGAAGACGAUUUUGAGGCAUAACUGCGACCAAUGUUCUCGAAGUUACACUAAACUAGAGGCUUUAAGUCGACAUAAACGUUCAGUCCAUGCAGCAGUCAAACCACAAUUUUUUUGCGAUGUUUGUGGCUUUAAAAUGAAUCGAAAAAGUAAUUUGGCAGCACACAUCGCUAAUCGCCAUUUCAAAUAAUUUAGCACGCGAAACUAUAAUCACUGCAUAAUACUCAAUUUUAUUUUUCGAACUUUCCAAAAAAUUUCA